AGGAAGUGACUGACUUCUACCAGUCUCCUGCCAAGAUGGCACCGAGUGGGCUGAAAGCGGUAGUCGGAGAAAAAAUCCUUAAUGGAGUCAUCAAGAGUGUAAAGAAGGACGGAGAAUGGAAGGUUUUAAUUGUGGAUCACAUGAGCAUGAGGAUUCUGUCCUCUUGUUGCAAGAUGUCUGAUAUUCUCGCCGAGGGAGUGACGAUUGUGGAGGACAUUAAUAAGUGCAGGGAGCCAAUCUCAAGUUUGGAAGCCAUUUAUUUGAUAUCACCAAUGGAGAAGUCAGUUAAAGCUCUCAUCAAUGACUUCAAGGACACAGUCUUUACUUACAAAGCAGCCCACAUCUUCUUUACCGAUGCUUGUUCAGAUAGUCUCUUUGCUGAGAUUGGAAGAUCCAGAGUGGCCAAAGUUAUCAAGACACUGAAAGAAAUCAAUGUUGCAUUCCUGCCGUAUGAGUCUCAGGUAUUUUCUUUGGACAGUCCCUCUUCUUUUAAAUCAUUCUACGGCUCCAGACCAUGUGAAAGCAAAGACAGAAUGAUAGAAAAUAUGGCGGAACAGAUUGCAACUCUGUGUGACACACUCAAAGAGUUUCCUGCAGUCCGAUACCGCAAGGGACCUGAAGAAAAUGCUAAACUUGCUGAGGAGGUCAGCAGGCGCCUAACUGCUCACAAAGCUGACAACCCGAGCAUGGGAGAGGGUGCAGAUAAAGCACGAUCCCAGCUGCUUAUCGUUGAUCGCGGGUUUGAUCCCAUCUCACCUGUUCUACAUGAGUUGACCUUCCAAGCGAUGGCUUACGACUUGCUGGAUAUCAAACAGGACAUUUACACCUACCAGACAACCGGUGUUGGGAAUUCAAAACAAAGAGAAGUGCUACUGGAUGAAGAUGAUGAGCUCUGGGUUCAGCUCAGGCAUCAACACAUUGCAGAUGUCACAAAAAAAGUGACCGAGCUUCUCCGCAGCUUUUGUGAGAGCAAAAGGAUGUGCACAGACAAUGCCAACAUUAAAGACCUUGCUCAAAUGCUCAAGAAAAUGCCGCAGUACCAGAAGGAACUGACCAUGUACUCUACUCAUUUGCACCUUGCUGAAGCUUGUAUGAAGACGUUCAAGGCAACUCUUGACAAAAUCUGUGAGGUGGAGCAGGACCUUGCGAUGGGAACUAAUGCAGAUGGGGAGCCUAUAAAAGAUCCCAUGAAGAGCAUUGUUCCGGUUCUCCUCAACAAUGACAUUGGGCCCUUUGAAAAGAUCCGCAUCAUUCUGCUCUUCAUUUUCCACAAGAAGAAAGGCAUUGGGGAGGAGAACCUUACCAAGCUGAUAGAGCAUGCAAACAUAAAGAACCACAGCACCAUCAUCACCAACCUCCAGAACCUGGGCUGCAACAUUAUAGCUGGGGGCCGCAAUACUGGAAACACACUACCAGUACGCAAAGAGCGGACAGAGAGUACAUACCAGCUUUCAAGAUGGACUCCCAUUAUCAAGGACAUCAUGGAGGAUGCCAUAGAGGACAAGCUGGACACAAAGCAGUGGCCAUUCUUUGGAGAUCGUGCACAAAUCAACACUACUCAGACCACAGUCAAUAGUGCUCGUUUUGGACAUUGGCACAAAAACAAGUCUCCGACGGAGUAUCGCUCUGGCCCUCGACUCAUUAUCUUUGUGAUUGGGGGAGUGUCCCACUCUGAGAUGCGCUCUGCUUAUGAAGUCACUCGUUCCACUGAUGGGAAAUGGGAAGUGCUCAUUGGGUCAUCUCACAUUUUGACACCAAACGGCUUCCUCAACGACUUAAAGAGUCUGGACCAGGAUUCCGAGUCUACUUCUUAGACGGGAAGACCACACAAUAAGGGGCUGUGUUCUUUGAUUGAACGCUGAUAUUCUAUUUGAAAUUUAUGUGCUCCAAAGUAAAUUAUGAAGUUAUGAACUUUUAAAUAUAACCAUGGAAGGAAGUUAAUUUGAUAUUAUUUUAGGUUCUUUUUAUUGUUUGAUCUAAAUUGGUUUCUGUAUUCUCCUGAUAGAAAUUGUGUACAAAUAUUUAAGUUAACAGUAGUACGCUAAUUACUGAACCACUAUCCACAUUCCUAUUUCUUUACAAUGGAGUAGAACUUUAAGGUUUUACUUUACAACAUCUAACAACCUUUCAAAAACUAAAAGAAUCUAUGCUUUAUUGUCUGCAUAAUGGCAAAAAAAAAAAAAACGGACACUGAAUCAGAUUAUUUUGUUAAAUGUAUAUUUUGCUGCAUUAAGGUUAUUUAAUAAGAGUUAUGAGGUGAAAAUAUGGCACGUGUUGAUUUGAUGUUUAAUGCAUAGAAAAAUAGACCCAACAGCAGCUGAGUUGUACCAACAGGUAAUUUUUUUAUGCAAUUAUGGAUUAUUCUAAAAAUGUUUGGACAAAAUUAAGAGCUGAAGUGAGGAGCAGUCAAGAACUAUUGUAAGACUUUAGAACUUUACAAAUCUCAAGGAGACAUUUGUUAAGAUUUCUCUAAAACCUUACUAGAGUCUGUCUAAAGUCAUUUUUUUAGGAUUGUACCCUUAUGUUUAGAAUAACUAGUUUGGUAUCAGGUAUUAUAAAAAUAAAGUAGUGGGAUCACAAUGAAGAGUUGCAAUCAUCAGAAGUUUGUUUAAAGUCUUUUCUUUGGGUACCUUUUGUGCACUUUCUGAAAAUGUCAUACCUGCUGUGGUUAAAAGUAAUUGAAAAGUUGAAAUGAACUGCUGGAGGCUAGCUUCUCAUGUAUGUUAAUAUAUUGGUGGGAGUUUCUGUAUUGGGUGCUUUGUUUCCUCUCUUGUAAAUGAUGAAUAAAAAUGUACUUGUUUCAAACCAGA